AUGGAUCGAUUGAAAAGAGUUUUAAUGAAAAAUAACCAUAUUUUUCUAAACCUAGUGGUAAUUUUACAAUUGCUUCAUGGUUCUCAAUCAUUCGUACAACUCUAUAAUACUGAAGAUAGUUCAUCACUUGAAUUCUAUGAUUGUAUCUACAACGAGAAUGACGCGACGGUUAUGUAUUGUCGUCGACCUGGAGAAGUCAUAGAACUAAAUCGACAACAACAAAGAUGUUUUUCGAGUGGCAAAGAAAUUACAUAUGCUAAUUUACAAAAAUGGAACAUUACCUCACAAGAAGUCUUGCAGUUGACUUCAAGUAUCGAACAAGCCGAUGAAUAUGCGGCAUAUCUGUUGAAUAAUUCAUCUUUCGAUAAUAACGACGAUAGUAUCAUUUGUAAUUGUUCGGAUUCGUCUAUUUUUGGCAAAUUUUGUGAGUAUCAACUUUUUUUCGGUAGUCAAUCGUUUAAUGAAAGCAUUACAACACAAUUUGAAUUGAAAGCAAAAGAUAAAUACAGUAGUCAGAUAUAUGGCAAAAUUCUGUGUUAUACAACAUUAGAAUGUAAUUAUGGAUUAUUGUGUUUGGACUGGAGAAAUAUUUGUGAUGGAAUUUCGAACUGUAUUGAUAGUAUUGAUGAAGAAAAUUGUGAUUUAUUAGAAUUUAAUGAAUGCAAAGAUGAUGAAUUUCGUUGUGAUAAUGGUCAUUGCAUUCCAGAGGAAUACUGGAUGGACGGGUGGAUCCGAUCAACGCAUGAAUGUAUGGAUCAUAGUGACGAACGAGAUACGCACAAUAAUUUUUGUUUAAAUUUAUUCUGGAGUUUCGAUUGUGAUGAACGCUUAUGCCCACCAACAAGUUGGUCUUGCGGGGAUGGGCAAUGUAUACCACUGCUCCAGCGAUUUUCCUAUCAAUUUUUCUAUGAAGGUAAUGCUCAAUGUGAAAAUCUGAGAGAUUGCAAUUAUGCAUGUGAAGUAUGUGCUAAUGAAAAUCUAUGGACAAUAGAAGAAGGUUUAUGUUGGGACUUUUUGGAGCAGAAAAAGACUAAAUUAGAAUUAGCUGCGACAAUGGUUAAUGAUACAUGUCUUUUAUGGCUAAAAUGUAAAUUAGUAGGCAUCGAUAAAGUAGACUGCGAUUGCCCAUUAGAUGAACUAUGCGAAUUUGGAGAUAGUGACGAGCAAAUGGAGGAACAAUGUUCAGAUCCUAUUGAAUAUCCGCCGUAUGGUCUCUAUCGUCCUUAUUUGUCAACUUAUUAUCAUGUAGGCACGUUUGCAUUUAAAAGAGAUGCGCCAUCGAUUUACAAAGUGAAAGGGAGUAUUAAAUGUCGUGGUUAUCAAGCGGUUACUUUAAAUCAAGAAAUUGAUUUACCAUUAGAGAUAGAAAGUAUUUUGACGUAUAAUGAUCAGUUUUUUAUUGUUGCUAUGUAUCGCAGCGCAUUAGAUUCUUUAUUUUGUAAUAAUCAAAAUAUUUAUCAAAACAAGUCCAAAGAUGCACCAAAAUUUGAUGAACUAUGUUGGAGUGGAUUAACUCGAACAUUAGAUACAAACAAAUCUUACAGUUUUUACGAUAUAUGUCCUAAAGAUCCACUAUGCCUGUCUAGUUAUCGUAUUAAUGACGGUAUUGAUCAUUGUUAUCAUAAUCUAGAUGAAAAUAGACCAGAAUACCGAGAAUCCUGUGCUAAUAUACGCAAGUAUCGGUUGCAAUGUUCUCUAGAUGAGCAACCCAUGUGUCUUGUACCACAAUAUGUAGGUACAGCCUUUGUUGAUUGUUCCAAUUAUUAUGAUGAAUUUAUCUUUGGUUCAAAUGUACCUAUUGAAAUUGAAGCGUGUUCGACUGAAAACGAUGAUCAAUGUAAAAUAUUUCGAGAUUACAUACAUAUGACAACAAAGAAUAAUACUAAACAAGAGAUAGAGUCAUUUAUACAAUCGAUAAAAACGAAGAGUUAUGGUAGAAGUCUUCCUCAUCACCAGUAUUGUGAUACCUUUUGGGAUUUAUCAACAACUGAUGAAUCAGCUGAGUACUGCCAACUAUGGAUAUGUACAACAGACGAGUUUCAAUGUCCAAAAACGGGUCAGUGUAUCAAUCCUGAAUGGAUUUGUGAUGGUAUUUGGGAUUGUAGUGAUGGUAGUGAUGAAGAAGGGAUUUUUCUUAUCAAUGAACUAUCAACUCAUAAUAUACCUUUAGUAAAUUUGAGAAAACUUAAAAGACUUAAAGAACGUUGUAGAGAACUCUACAAAUCUCAACCACUUUCCCAGUUAUGUGAUUAUCAAACAGAAUAUCCUUGCCUAAGAAACAUUAGUAUUUUCCAGGAAUUAUGGAAUUUUAGUCUUCAUAGACCAUGCAUACCACUUUCACAACUUGGCGAUGGCAUUAUACAAUGUUUCGGAGGUAAAGAUGAAAAAUUGACGAUCCAUAUGUAUCCAGCUGGUGAAGUACUUGGAUUGUCCUUUUUAUGCCAAACUACCAAUAAGGAUAUUCUAAUUAUUAAUAUGUGUAACGGACUGCAGACGUGCGACAAUGACGAAGACGAAUAUGUUUGUUUAACGGAUCGAAUACCAGAAAUAGCAAAAACAAAUAAUAGUUACUGUGGUUAUGAUCCAUUAGAUGUUGUUUGUUUGAACGGAACAUGUAUAAAAGCAGCACGCUGUAAUGGUCAUAAAGACUGCGAAUAUGGUGAAGAUGAUUAUACAUGCGCUUUACACGGCGAUGAGGUAGAGUUAAAUUCAAUGGAUUUAGUACACUAUCGGUAUUCGAGGCGUGCAGACGUGCAUAGUUCCGAUAGAAUAAUUCGGAUUUCCGAUUUUCCGCCAACAUUAAAUCCCCGAACUAUGCAAGACGAUACUACUGUCCGACAGAUGAAACAUAGUGAAAGUCAUUUUUCUCUAAAAUCAUCAAAUGAUUCAUUCAAUAAAUUUCAAAUUGCUUAUCAUUGCAAUCGUGGAUUAUCUGUUCUUAUGCUACACAAUAAAGAUCUAGUUUGUUUCUGUCCACCUUCAUAUUAUGGCAAAUACUGUGAAUUUUAUAGUGAUCGUCUAACCAUCGUUACUCAUUUGAACUAUACCAAUAGUCCUUACUUGAACAUAGAAUGCGAUACAGUGGUCUUACAGGUUUUGUCUGUAUUACUUUUUGAAGAUGAAGUUGUGGAUCAUUAUAGCUUUCGUAUAAAACUAAACAGUGAAAGGUUCGACUAUAUAAUAAAAGAGAGAUUUUUUCUCGUUUAUUCACGUUCAGAAAAAUAUUUAAAUCAUAAACAAAGACGUUAUUUUAAUCGCACAAAUAUUAUCAAAAACCAACCGUAUACAGUUCGGUUCGAACUUUAUGAAUUGAAGAAAAAUGUAACGAUACAAUUCGUUGGCCUCUGGCAAUACACGAUCUAUUUCGAUUAUUUACCAUCGUUUCGUUUAGCAAAAGUCCUACGAUUUCCAUCUAGAUUUCCUGAGAACGAUCCGUGUCAUCAUAACUCAUGUAAUAAUCGAUCGAGUUGUCAUCGUAUAUUAAAUGAAAAUUCUACAACAGCGUAUUUAUGUUUAUGCCGAGCACCUUUCUAUGGUAAAGAUUGCCAAUUGAUUGAUGAAAAUUGUUCGAAGUUUUGUGCUCCCUAUUCGGUCUGUAAACCAAGAUAUCGUGGAAUCGUCAAUAAUAAUCAACAACCACUUUGUAUCUGUCCUUGGUAUUUUCAUGGACCGAGAUGUUAUUUACAAUAUUCAGCAUGUUCAUCUCAACCUUGUCUAAAUGAUGGUACAUGUUUUGAAAACUUUGAUCCAACUGAUCCAAUACCUUAUAUUUGCUCUUGUCAAAAUAAGUUUUACGGAGAUCGUUGCGAAUACGAAGAUAUUCGUAUUCAUAUUCAGUUAAAUGUGUCUACUGAUGUUCCCGUGAAUGUCUUAGUAUCCGCUGUUCAAUACUUAGACUUUACCCUUACGAAUUAUGAUUUAAUUCUUCGACAACAAAAAGUAUCAUUUGGUUUACCACUUGAAUGGAACUACUAUUAUAAUGAAUUGAUUGCACCAGAACUUGGUCUUUUAUUAAUCUAUGAUGACAACUAUCGACAAAGGAAUCCUCGAUUCUAUUUAUUAUAUAUACAAAAUGCGAAAGAAAGUAUUAAUAUAACUGUAGAAUUGAAUGAGCGUAAUUAUUGCGCACAUAUUUCAACAUGGAUAAAUCAAAUGAAUGAUUCUAUACCUUUACUUUUUCAAUAUCAUCAAAUUUGCCGUAAAACUUUGAAUCGUACAAAAACUAUGUGCUUUCGUGAUGAUAUUUAUCUUUGUAUUUGUGGUGAAGAUUUUUAUCGUGCUGAAUGUUUUGGUUACGAUUUAUCUAGCGGUGGAUGUACUUAUUGUUUAUCAGAUGGUUUCUGUUUAAGUGGUGAUGCUGAAGAUCAAGUCGAUAUGAUCUGCUUAUGUCCACGAUGUCAUUACGUUCAAUUACUUGCAAUCAGUAUUCUUAUUAUUCAAACUACACGUAGUCGUCUACGCGCUACUGAAAAUAACAAUGACAACAAUACAUUUCUCGCUAUUUUGAAAAAAAAAUUUCAAAUGAAUAAAGAAUAUUAUUUCACUCCAACAAUUAUUAUUCUCAGUGCUCUACCACAGAUAAUUUUUUCGUUUGCUUAUGGCUGUACUGAGUUGAAAGAAGGAUGGAAAAAAUAUACUCUAUUAACAACAUAUCUCUUAUCAUAUUUACCACAGAUAUUAGGAUUUGUUCUCUAUGUUCUACCGUCAAGUGCAUAUACCAAAGAAUUUCAAAAGACACCUAUCGGCAAGUUAUUAACAAAGAAAUCGUAA